AUGCUCACUGCCUCAAGAGCUCCAGUGGCAGCCAUUGCCAGCCGCUGUCCGUGGUGCUACAGGUACGCCUCGAGAGCCGGUCCAAGCGGUGCACCUCACGGCUCAGCGUCAGAUUUCUCCUUCAGAAGACGAUUCCAAUCCACCUCUGCCACUCAGUCUAGCCCUCGACUUCGCUUUGCGCCAUCUCCGACAGGCAACUUGCACCUCGGUGGUCUGCGUACAGCGCUGUUCAAUCACCUGUAUGCGCGCAAGCAUGACGGGCAAUGGAUCCUGCGCGUAGAAGACACGGAUCGAAAGAGAUACGUAGAAGGCUCCGCGUCUGCUCUGCAGCAAUGCUUGAACUGGGCAAGUUUGAAACCCGAUGCGAGCCCAGAUAAUGGGCAGAUGUCAUUUCUGGGGCCUCUGAUUCAAUCCGAGCGGUCAGCCUACUAUCGCGACGCCAUCGACAAGCUGCUCCGGGAAGGACAUGCUUAUCGCGACUUUCGGUCCAUCGAGGAGAGGGAAGACGAGCGCAAUCUGGCUCAAGAGGGCUUCAAGAACGCCCGCAUGGUGCGACGAGAGGAGUAUAUCGCGCCGGCUGAAGAGGAGGCUGCUCGUCUGAUCGAGUCGGGCCGGCCCUUUGUUGUGAGGCUCAGAAUGAGGCAGCAGACUCGCACGCACGCAGACCUCGUGUAUGGCAGUCUGACGUUCAACAAGGACGAGUCAGCAGAGGACCCUAUCUUGUUGAAGUCAGACGGUUUGCCCACAUAUCACUUGGCCAAUGUGGUAGAUGACUCUUUGAUGGGCAUCACGCAUGUCUUGAGAGGCGAAGAAUGGAUUCCAUCGUUGCCAAUACACUUGCAGCUAUACGAAGCACUUGGACGUGAACCGCCGCAAUUCGCGCACCUACCGCUCCUCGUCAAUCCAGAUGGCACUAAGCUAUCCAAGCGCUCGGGGAAUGCAGCCAAUGUGGAGGACUACAUGGAACAAGGAUACGAGCCUGAAGCGUUGAUCAACUAUGUCGCCCUGCUUGGGUGUAAUUGGAAGGGCGAUGAGCAAGGCGAGCACGCAGACAGCAGCGAAGUAAUGACGAUGCAGGAGCUCAUCAGCAGAUUUGAGCUUGAGCGAGUGACGCAUUCGAGAGCGACAUUGGAUUUGGCAAAGCUGGCUUUCUUGAAUCGCAAGCAUGUUCAGCUCAAAGUGGAUGCAAUUCUGCCCCGAGCUGCUCCCGCAAGACCGAAGGGAAAACGAGGAACUCCAGCUACCUCGCUUUACGCGGAGCCAUCUGCACGGGAGCGCGGAGUAGACCAAGAGUCAGCAGAGGGCAUGCUAGAGUCGCUCAGGUGGAGUUUGGAAGACCGCUACGACGUCAGGCUUCCUCAUAUGGACUUCAAAGAGUUGGCGCGGAUGAUUCGUCUUUUUGGCGAAAAGUCCACCUUUGUGCACGACGUCGUCGAUCAAGCAGGCGUCCUCUUUGAACUGCCCGAUCUGUCGCCGCAAUCCAUCAUCCAUCUCGUCGGUCCCCACUCUUACCUUCACGUGCUGGCAAUUGCAACCUCACAGCUGCAGCAGGCCCCUCUUUCGAGCGUCAGCUCGGCGAAGGACGCGCUGCAAAUCAUCAUUGAAAAGUCCAUGAAGAGGGCCGGUCGACCUGCAAGCGCCUCUGGCGAGCCCGACCUGAACAAAAAGACGGUCAAUCUGGCCGUGCGACAUGCACUGACUGGUGUGCUGAGUGGUGCGGCGCUCGCUGAUCUCUGCGUCUGCAUCGGCCAGCACGAGCUUUUGACGAGACUGGAGCGGGCGAGCAGAGCGAUGCGGGAGCACCUCGAAGGCUCGAAUGAAGCGUCGGCUUCGCAGCAAGGCGAAACGGAGCUUGAUCGGCGUCUGCGACUUUGCACGCAACGAUACGCCAAUGCGAUUGCGAGUGCUGAUACUCCGCAUGAGCGCAUGCGAUUGGAGAAUCUGGAACACAGGGAGAAAGUCCAGUUGAAAGAGCACGACAGGUACAGGCGUUUGCGCAGGAUGGAUGUGCAAAGUACGGCUAGGCAAGAGGAAAUGGGAAUCAGAGAGCGAUCAGCCACAAGGAGACCCACUCGCAGCUAG